AUGAACGCCGAAGCCCGCAGACAAGAACUCCCAGAUCCGGCCGCCACGCCGCCCACGCGGCCACCGCGGCCGCCGCACCGCCGAGGAAACCGGGGCCGCCGUCCCGUUGCGCCUCUCAUCCAGCUCCACCUCCCAGGACUUAUCGCGCCCGCCCGGGCCUCCACACGCCGGCGACGGCACUCCACCAUCGCGCCGCACGGCCCCUUCACGCCGCCGAGGGCCGGAACCGCUGCCGCGCCGGCCACACCCGCAGAACGUCGCCGCGCCCGCCGCAUGCUGCUGCACCCGCCGCCCGCAGCCGCGCCCGAGGGAGCUCCCUCACGCCAAGGACGCGGGAGGGGAAGGAGCAGAAGAACAUCUCCCCGCGCCGGCUCGACCGAUCCCGUGGAAGGCCCUCCCGGCCCGGAUCUCGCCAACCGCAUCGUCGCUCACCUCCCGCCGCACGCCGCCUCGCCACUCCAGACGCCGACCCCGCCGUCGAGCCCAGCAGCGGCCGCGCCCGCCCGCAGCCCGAAACGCCGAAGCCAGGGGAACUCCCGAGCGCCGGGAGAAGAAAAAGUGCCCCGCCGCCACCAUCCUUGGGGCGAGCACGGCUUUGCCGAUGCCCCUCCGGCGGCGGCGACGCGGGGGAGGUCGGUGCGGGACCGCUAG